UCCUUGAUAACUCAAAGUGAAAUUGUGAAUUUGUUUUAUUUUUUUUUGUAAAACUUCAAUUUUCAUCAAUAAUGAAAACUGUAUGUCAAAGCUUCAAAAUGGUAAGAGAAGUAUAGUAUAGUACUGUACAUAAUGCUUUAUAAAUAAUAUAGUUACCGGUAACAUUUUUUCCAGGCAUUCCGAAGUACUAAAAUUAUUUUUCAUAAUAUUAAUUAAUCCAAUAUUAUUUAUAUUAUAAAUAUAUGAUAAAUAUAUUAAUUAUAAAAAGGUUUUAUUUUAAUUUUGUCUUAGAAUAUGGUUACACAGAGUGAUUAGUCCUCGAUAAGGUACCCUUUUAUCUUGCAAAUUAUUAACUUUUUUUGGAAUUAUUUUUUUAGAACAUAAAAAACAACCUGCUCUAAAAUGUUCAGUUUCCAUUAUUUUUGGGAUACAAUUAUUAGCAUAAACAUUUUUUGGGUGUUAAAAUGUUUCCAUCAACCUGCUGAUGUAAUAUAGUAAUUUUAAAUUUGAGUAGGAGACUAUUGAAGCAUUUGUAUGAUUGCGGAGUGCACAGUUUUUAAAUGGUGCUCUCACCUUCCCACAAAACGGCAAAUUUUAAAAUCAAAUAUCAUAUCAAUGGGUUGAUGAAAAUUAUAAAAUUAUUUCUGGAAUUUUUAUUUUAGGUUUUGAAAAUCAAAAAUUAGUAGUGAUUUCAUCCUUAAAAAAUAAUGAUAAUAUAGCGUUUAUAUUUUCUAAGAUAAUGAGAAACAUACUAUUAUUAUGUUAAAAAAGAUGUUAAAUUAUAUUGGGCAUUGGAAAUAUAUAAAACAAUAGAAAUCCGCUUGAUAACUCAAGAAUAGAAUUUCUUACAAAUAUAAAUAGUUAUAUUUUAAAUAAUAAAUUGAAUGUAAAACCAUAUUCUUAUAGGUGCCUACUGAAAAUUUAAAAAUCAAUUAGCAAAAUACAAACUCAACUUUUUAAUUUAAAAAAAUCAUAUUUCCAUACUAAGUCGAGUAAAGAUGAAAAAAGUUUUUUUUUCUUUUAUUUACACCAAUUAAGUUUGUUUUAAAAUUGUAUAACUUGUAUUCACUGAUCAGGCAUUCUUUCAUUCAUUAUAGUUCGAGAAGUUCAAAUGUUCAGUAUCCGGUAUUUCAGUUGUUUAUUUCUAAAAAUAAUUACUUUAUAUUUAUUUCUAAAUUAACUUAUCAGCUUAUCACACUAUUCACAAUAUACUGAAUUACCUGUGCAUGUUUGUUUUUUUUUUUACUAUUGUCCAUACAUGUUUGGCAAUGUAGACCAAAACCUUUUGAUGUUUACCAAUACUAUUCAGUCCACACCUUUUUUUCUUAAAAACAAGAAAUAACAAAGUUGAAAAUAACAAUUGUUUUAAGAAUUAUUGAUUUUUAUUGUAAAACAGAGCAGAGGUUCUAUUUUUUUUUUUAUUUUAUUAUCGCUGUUGAUACAUUUCUUAUAAACCUCACUCUAGAACAUAAUAUCUUAUUUAGUCAAACUUGGUUAAUUUAAACUUCUUUAACUCAAAAAAGCCCACAACUCCAUUUUUUCUCCAUUCUCUAAAAUAUCCUAUUUGAACAAUGCAAAAAAAUCUUGUUUAACUCAAAUAUUUUCGUGAAUAACUCUAGGUUUCGAUUUUUUUUAAUUAUCAAAUUAUGAUACGUGUUUCCCUCAUGUAUGUGCCAUCAAAAAGAAGGUCAUUAGUAUUAUAACCGAUAAGUGGUUUACUAUACGACAACUAUUCAUUAUCCACUAAUAUACUUAUAUAUUUCAAUGUUCAGUCAGUCAUUAAAUAUACUUAAGUGUAUUUAACCAAUGGUCCAUUAUGUUUCAACGUGAUUGUACAUUAUUUUUCGUAAUUUUUUUUUAAUUUGUAUAACUUUAACUUUUUUUCUAGUCCUUUUAAUUUUGAGUUAACCAAGUUCGGCUGUAUUAUAUUAGUUAUUGGUAUUACAUUUCAUAUUCAACAAAUAUUUUUCAGAUUAUAUGGUAAAUAUAUUUAAUUAAAUCAAUUUUAAACAAAAAAAAAGGAUGGAUAUAUUUCGCCCGUCGGUGCUGCCACUGUUGUAGGUGGAAAGUUAGGGAGGUUGGCAUUUAAUGUAUAUCUAUAAGCAACAAUAAUCCAUUUCUAACAAAAAAAAUGUUUCUGAGCCGAGUUCAGUUGAUAAUGUUGCUUUGUCACAAAUGUAAUAUAUUAUAUCAUAUUAUGGUAAAAUAAUUAAAACAAUGUGUGUUUUCAUAAUAAUAAUGAUGAUUUAAAAAAGAUUAAAAUAAUAAAAAAAACUGUUACCAAUGAAAAUCUUAUUUUUAAUCUUUCAAUCUUUUGUAACCUACAGACCGAAGUUAUCCUCAAUAUCUCGAAUAUUAUUGAGAAUUUCAAAAAAUGACCUCUCCAAAGUACAACCCAGAAUACAUUUUCUUUCAGAAAAAGUAUAAAAAAAAUAUUAAUAAAAUAAACAUCAUUGUAAAACCAAUAAAUUCCUCGUUCCACUCAGAAUCUAAAAUUAUAAUAUAUUUUAUAAUAAAUGUAAAAUGUGUUUAAAGAAUUCUGUAAGUAUAACUACAUCCUAUGUAAUCUAGGGAAAUAAAAUUAAAAAGGGGGGGCUUCAAGAGCCGGAUGCGUCCCACAACCCACAGGUUAGUUCGCCCUGAUCGAAAAUUUAUUUCUAUUGCGAAAUUGUGUAAAUUGUGUGUGUGUAUUUUUAUUAUAACAGCAUAACUGAUAAAACUAAUUAAGUGUCAACAUAUCAGUAAUAUAUUUGCUGCAAUUUUAAUAAUCAUGUUAUUAAGUAAAUAUCUGUAUAAAAUUCUAUAAUACAAUGUAAUUAAAACAAAGAAAUAAUGAUAUUACCAUUAUAACUCUUAAAAAAGGAUUAUCGAAGACUAAUACUCAUUGUAAUUAGACUAAAUUAUGAAUUUUUACUCAAAAAACUAUUAAUAAUAUUAUUACUUUGUCAAAUCUUGCAAUGAUUACCAAUAUUAUUAAAUAUUUGUUCUUGAAAUUAAAACUAAUUUAUAAAAAAAAAAAUUAAUGUUUUUAUUUCAGUCUAAAUUAAUGUAAAAUGGAAAACGCUUGGAAAAGUAAAAUUCCUGAGUUCCUUCAGGAAGACAAUCCCCAUGGGCUUUUGGAAGAGAGUUCGUUUGCUACAUUAUUUCCUAAAUAUCGAGAAACCUAUUUGAAAGAAUGUUGGCCAUUAGUGCAAAACUCUUUGUCCAAAUACCAUAUCAAAGCUGAUCUUGAUGCAUUAGAAGGUAGUAUGGCUGUACGCACCACACGUAAAACCUGGGAUCCUGCAUCUAUAUUGAAGGCCAGAGAUCUAAUAAAAUUGUUGUCACGUAGUGUUCCUUAUGAACAAGCUGUACGAGUCAUGGAAGAUGAUAUGGCGGCAGAUAUCAUCAAAAUUGGUUCUAUGAUCAGAAAUCGUGAUAAAUUUGUAAAACGAAGACAGAGGCUUAUUGGACCAGGAGGAUGCACACUAAAGUCAAUAGAAUUAUUGACUAAUUGUUAUGUUCUUGUACAAGGACAAACAGUAGCUGCUCUUGGACCAUAUAAAGGACUUCAACAAGUACCAAUAUUAAAAUAAAUCAACUUAUUUAUGGUACUAUAAUUAGUUUUUUUGUUUUAUGAUAUAUAGGUGCGGCGUAUUGUAACAGAUACAAUGAAAAAUGUUCAUCCCAUUUAUAAUAUAAAAUCAUUAAUGAUUAAACGUGAAUUAGAAAGAAAUCCAAAGUUGAAAGAUGAAAAUUGGGAUAGGUUUUUACCAAAUUUCAAGCCUAAAAAUGUGCCUAAAAAGAAAUCUACCAAAAAGUCGAAAAAACCGUACACACCAUUCCCGCCUGCUCCGACAGAGAGUAAGAUUGAUAAAAUGUUAGAGUCAGGUGAGUUCUUCCUUAAAGAAGAAGAAAGACAGAAAAGAAAAAGGAAGGUGAAAGAAGAUAAGCAAAAGGAAGCUAAAGUGAAAAGAGAAGCUAAACGUAAUAUGGCAUUUAUUCCUCCAGACGAAUAAAAAUAUUUGAAAAAUUGUAAAAAAAAAUUUUAUUUUUGAUGAAAAUUAAAUAUUUCUGAUUAAAACAUGUUUAAAUACAUUAGCCUUAAUAUUGGUUUUUAUUGUUUGUAUAACUACAAAAUAUCACCAAAUAGUGUCAUUGAUUAUAGAUAAUCUAAGGAAUUUUUCAAUUAUGUAUAAUUGAAGUAUAAAACUAAAUCGGUAAAUUGUCCAUUUACUAAAAGUCGACCAAUAUUUUAGUUUAUUUAUCAAUAAAUAAUGAUUAA